AUGGCUCUGACCGCCGCUCCGUGGCCGGACCCCACUCAGCCCCCCCCGGACGUUCCCAAAACGUCGGAUAAAGGGGCUCCGGGGGGGAGCGGGGAGUGCGUGGUGUGCGGGGAUCGGGCGAGCGGGAGGCACUACGGGCAGCGCACGUGCGAGGGCUGCAAGAGCUUCUUCAAGCGCUCCGUGCGCCGCAACCUGCGGUACAGCUGCCGGGGGGGCCGCGACUGCCCCGUGGAUCAGCCCCACCGCAACCAGUGCCAGUACUGCCGGCUGCGCAAGUGUCUGCGGGUCGGGAUGCGCCGGGAAGCGGUGCAGAGGGGCCGCACGGCUCCCACUCCGAGCAGCGCAGCGCAGUACCCCCCGACCCCAGGGGACCCCUCCGGCUCUCCCGGCUCCCUGAGCACCUUCAUCUCCCUGCUGCUGCGUGCCGAGCCCUACCCUCCCACCCGCUGCGGCACCCAAUGCCUGCAGCCCGGCGGCGUGCUGGGCAUCGAGAGCGUCUGCGAGCUGGCCGCCCGCCUCCUCUUCAGCGCCAUCGAGUGGGCCAAAGGCAUCCCCUUCUUCCCGGACUUGCAGCUCUCGGACCAGGUUGCCCUGCUGCGCGUGGCUUGGAGCGAGCUCUUCGUGCUGAACGCGGCGCAGUGCUCCAUGCCGCUGCACGCCGCGCCGCUGCUGGCCGCCGCCGGGCUGCACGCCGCCCCCAUGGCUGCAGAGCGCGUCGUCGCCUUCAUGGACCACAUCCGAGUGCUGCAGGAGCAGGUGGAGAGGCUGAGGGUGCUGCACGUCGAUGCGGCCGAGUACGCGUGUCUGAAGGCUGUUGCACUCUUCUCGCCUGACGCGGCGGGGCUGUCGGAGCCGGGCCGGGUGGAGGGCGUGCAGGAGCGCUCGCAGUGCGCCUUGGAGGAAUACGAGCGCGGCCGCCACCCCGCGCAGCCCGGGCGCUUCGGGCGGCUUCUGCUGCGUCUGCCCGCCCUGCGCCGCGUCUCCGCCGCCGCCAUCGAGCAGCUCUUCUUCGUGCGCCUCGUGGGCAAAACCCCCAUCGAGACCCUCAUCCGCGACAUGCUGCUCUCCGGGGCGGCCUUCUGCUGGCCCUACGGCCCCAUGCAGUGA